UAAUUAAAAUACUUACUUCAUUUCUAAGAAAAUUCAUUGUUUCUUUCUUUCUUUUUUUUUGCUGACUUUUGUCAUCAAUCAAAAGAGAAGAUGUCUGCCAAAGACCAGAAAGAGAAACAGCCCACCACCGAGCGCAUCAUUAAAACGGUACCCCUGCCCCCUCACCAAAGGCUUACCAUGAAGGAGCUGUUCGUGAACGGCAAGCCUGACACAGAGCUCCUGAAGAGCCACCUGGUGAAGGAGGGUCGCCUCGAGGAGGAGGUCGCCCUGUGCGUCAUUAACAAGGGUGCCGGCAUCCUACGGCAGGAGAAGUGCAUGCUCGAGGUGGAUGCGCCCAUCACUGUAUGCGGUGACGUCCACGGGCAGUUCUUUGACCUCAUGAAGCUUUUCGAGGUGGGAGGGUCGCCCGACAACACGCGCUACCUGUUCCUGGGUGACUACGUCGACAGGGGCUACUUCAGUAUCGAGUGCGUGCUGUUCCUGUGGGCGCUGAAGAUCAACCACCCCACCACACUGUUCCUCCUCAGAGGCAACCACGAGUGCCGGCACCUCACGGAGUACUUCACCUUCAAGCAGGAGUGUAAGAUAAAAUACUCGGAGCGGGUGUACGACGCCUGCAUGGACGCCUUCGACUGUUUGCCCCUGGCCGCCCUCCUCAACCAGCAGUUCCUGUGUGUUCACGGAGGUCUGUCGCCCGAAAUCAACUGCUUAGACGACAUCAGGAGAUUAGACCGGUUCAAGGAGCCGCCGGCGUUCGGUCCCAUGUGCGAUCUGAUCUGGGCCGAUCCGGGCGAAGACUACGGCAGCGAGAAAACCUCCGAGCACUUUAACCACAACUCCGUCCGGGGCUGCUCCUACUUCUUCAGCUAUCCUGCCGUCUGUGAUUUUUUGACCAACAACAACCUGCUGUCGGUGAUUAGAGCACAUGAAGCACAGGACGCUGGGUACAGGAUGUACAGGAAGAGCCAGACGACCGGCUUCCCCUCGCUAAUCACCAUCUUUUCUGCCCCCAAUUACCUGGACGUGUACAACAACAAAGCCGCCGUCCUGAAGUACGAAAACAACGUGAUGAACAUCAGGCAGUUCAACUGCUCCCCUCAUCCGUACUGGCUGCCCAACUUCAUGGACGUCUUCACGUGGUCACUACCCUUCGUCGGCGAGAAAGUGACCGAGAUGCUGGUCAAUGUUCUCAACAUCUGCUCCGAUGACGAACUCAUGUCCGAAGCAGACGACGCGUAUGAAGGUGGAGCACCGGCGGCCCGUAAGGAGGUGAUCAGAAACAAGAUCCGCGCCAUCGGCAAGAUGGCCCGAGUUUUCUCCGUGCUCAGGGAGGAGAGCGAAAGUGUCCUGACUCUUAAAGGACUCACCCCGACCGGGACGCUACCACAGGGCGUGCUCUCCGGAGGCAAACAGACUUUACAGAACGCCACACUGUUGGCGAAGGAGGGCAAAGCCAUCCAGGGCUUCUCCCCGACACGGAAGAUCCGCAACUUCGAGGAGGCGCGUGGGCUCGACCGGAUAAACGAGCGCAUGCCGCCACGCAAGGACAGCCAGAAGGGGACCGGCACGGCCGCCAACGGGAAGAACGGAACCGACGGGGCGGCAUAAGAUGGCCUGCUUGUUCCUGCACCGAGCUCUAUUGUACAGACGAAAGCGACGCCCCCUGCUGCGAGGGAGGACCGAGGACGUGCGACUCUAUGAGUCCAGAGAGAGACUCACCUCUGAGAGAUUUUAUCUAUUUAAAGCAAAUGUAUUAAGUGUACGUGAUAGCAGUGUUUUAAACUAUGGACUGGGUUUGGACAACGUCCACGUUCCCUUUUUCUUUGAAAUAGUCCCACAGUUAUUAAGCCAUGUUUAAGUUUAGGGUCGUAUGUAAAGGUGGGAGGUACUGAUCAGAUAAUGAUGACUUUCUUUUACAUGUUGACCUUCCACGUUCCUAUGACCUAUGAUCUACCAUCCUAGAAGGGUGAGGGCUAACACAUGCUUCCUUUAAGACAGGUGAAGCACGUUCUCAGCUUUUCCCUGCUAUUAAACAAGAUAAACUAGAUGGUGUGCCACAGGGUUCACCUUUUGGUAUAUUUUAGUUUUGGCAAAUCUAGUUCUGGACAGUUUUGCUUCUAUACAGCUGAGUGUGUUUCACUUUCACCUAGAUUUCGUUUGUUAUAUUAGUGAUAUUUCUGUCGUUCUGAGAGCAAAAGAGGACCUUUAACUCCCGGUCACACAUAUGAUAGGGCAAAAGCAGGUUUGCACAAAAAUGCAGGUCUCACAUUGAUGCAUCACUGGUCCCAGGGGACUAGAACCCUUGCCUUAACUAAACACACUGAUCCGAGAUCCCAAACCUUCAUUUGUGCUGGCUGGUACCCAUAAAAAUGAACUGUAUGUAUAUGUACCAGGGUGUCUGGAAACAUUGGUUGUAGAGUAGAUGGGUUAAAGUGGCCAGCAUUGUGAGUCAGCAGGAAUGCUUAGGUAAGUCCAGAAGCUAGCAUAGGUGUUCUAUGUACAAUAGCAUGGUCCACACAGUGACUCAGUGUUUCUGUAUCGCCAACUGUUCAAUAUCUGUUUGAUUAUUUUCCAUUUAAGUAUUCAGUUUGGCGUCCUUCAUGGCCAAACUUAGAAUCUCCUCCUGAUCUCUGGUGACGGGAUCCAGGAAACUCAUAGUAAAGCUUUUAUAGGAAGCGGAUUACUGAAUGUUAAACAAAGGUACCUCUUUGUGUAAAGACUCAGAUACCUGCCUCAAGUAUUUUCCAUUAGUGGACUGGGAAAAGGAGCUGGGAAUCUGUGGUUUAUCAUUAAAAUGUGGAAUUUGUGUGAAACAUUAACAGAGCAGGUUGACCUUGUUCUUGUUAUAAAUGACUUGGGGAGUUCGCCUGAUGGGUCUGAAACGCAGCAUGUUUGUGAAGUACUUGGUUGGAAAAUGAGGUGGUGGCUCUCCCUGCUGUUGGGCUGAGGGAAUCGCUUCAGAUCUGUACAGAAGAAUGGAUGGUGAAACAGCUGAUCAUUUUAGCUGCUUUAAUCAACUGUUUAGAAGCAGGAAAAUGGGCGAGCGUGAGGAUCUGAGCCAGUUUACCAAGGGCCAAAUUGUGAUGGCUAGACGACUUGGUCAGAGCAUCUCCAAAACUGCAGCUCUUGUGGGGUAUUCACAGUAACUAUCAAAAAGUGGUCCAAGUAAGGAACAGUGGUAAACCUGCGACAGGGUCAUGGGCGACCAAGGCUCAUUGAUGCACAUGUGGUCCGAUCCAACAGACGAGCUUUUGUAUCUCAAACUGCUGAAGGAGUUCAUGCUGGUUCUGAUAGAAAGGAGUCAGAAUACACAGUCCAGUCAGUUAGAAGGUGGUCAUAAUAUUAUGCCUCAUCGGUGUAUACCCUGGAGUACAUAUGUAGGUGUCUUUUUAUUGGCCACCAUUUGGUCGUAUUGUAUUCUGACAAUUUACAGCAACUUUACAUUUUAUGACCAGGAUCCAGUUGAAGUUCCACAUGGUUCACUUCACGUACCUAUACAGUUCCAGGUGAGUUCACAUUGUAAGUCAGAGAGGUUUUAUCAUGCAGGACUGGAUCGUAUUAGAAGUCUGAGUGCUGGUGGUGCCCUUGAUUCUGUACUCCUAGGACCAUUCGAAUUUGCAUCUGAUUUGUAACUGGGUUGGGUUUGUUCUCUCUGAUGAAUUGUGCAUGUAGAGGAUUUAGUCAUGUUUAAAUGUUCGCUAAUGCAUCUAGUUACAGGAUGCAGGAUGAAGGAAGUGUUGGAAGCCAAGAGUCUUACACAGUCGAGAUUAAAAUCUUAAAUAUAUUAAAUAAAUAUAAACGAAUCCUGAUGUGGAGUACUUGUGAAGCCACAACUAUUGACUAAGUAUUGAUUUUAUGUAGAUGUGUCACUUGAAAAAAAAAAUAUAUAUAAAAGUAAUAAAAUAAAAUUCAUGAAACAUUAAAAAUUAU